AUCACAGCGAUCUUUCACAAAUCACAAAUAACCGCAUCACAUCCAAAGAACCCACAAUACUCAAUAUGGCAGCGUUGUUCAUCCUGGUCGGCGUAGCGAUCGCGAACAAAAAGGAGCACAGACGGCAGCAGAAAAAGGCUCGCGCUGAAGCAAGAUAUCGCGAACUACAGCAUGAAACGCAGAGACGCCUUGCGGGAUACGACAGCAAUCAAUAUGCGAUCCCGGGAGACCUCGACGAUGAGAUGGAGCCGGGUAGCGGGCAGUUGGAGGAGGGUGAUCAGGCUGCACCUACGAGACUGACAUCGCCGCCGCCGUACGAAAGACAUGCAACGGGCAGUGGCGAAUCGGCGUUACUACAAUCGCCACCAACGUACGACCAGCGGCGGAUAACAAGUACGAGUAGAGCAAGGGCUCAGGUGCAAUAGUACGGAGAUGGGAUGGUAGACGGCGAAAAUCAGCCUUGCGGCGAUUCUCCACACGCAGAUCUAGUGGGGUUGUGGGAGAGCUGCGGCGUCCGCUUUCUAGGCUAGAGUUUAUGAGGGCAACGAGAUACCUGACUUUUCUUCUUCCU